AUGGCUGAAUUAGAUGUAUUACCUUUAGUCGAUUCAUUAGAUAAGAAUGACAUUACAGAAGAAAUUAAGAAAGGCAUUGCAGAAAUUAAUACUGAUAGUAAUGAACGUAUGAAUAUAGACCAAACCGAAAGUGUUUUGCAAAGCAAUGAAAUAUCUUAUUCAAAUGUUGAAAGUGAAAGCAAUGAGGUGGUCUGUGAUAAGCAGGUUGAUGAGACUGAAGUUCAUCAAUAUCCAGAUAUUUACAAAUUUGAAAACCAGGCUGAAAUUGCUAAUUUCAAUGCACCUCACAUGAAACAUUUUGCUGGAUGUAAAUGGUCUCCAGAUGGUACUUGCCUUUUGACAAAUUGUGUUGAUUACACUUUAAGGAUUUUUGAUUUACCAAAAGACAUCCAUUCCAAAACUAAUUGGAAUUCUUCUGAAAGUAUGUCAGAACUCCAACCGUCUCUUGCGAUGAAGGAAGGAGGCAGGAUUUACGACUUUGUCUGGUAUCCGCUAAUGUCUUCAUGGGAACCUUUGACAUGCUGUUUUAUUAGCAGUAGUGUAGGCUCUCCUGUUCAUUUAUGGGAUGCAUACACUGGAAAAAUACGAGCUUCGUACAGAGCUUAUGACUUUGCAGAUGAAGUGCACUCAGCAUUAUCUCUUGGUUUUUCAACUGAUGGAGUUCUUAUUUAUUGUGGCUUUCGUGAUGCUGUAAAAGUGUUUGAUAUAUCAAAGCCUGGGAGAGAUUGUAGUACCAUAAAUUUAAAAGUUGUCAGUGGACAGAAAGGUCUCGUUUCUUGUAUAACAGUGAACCCAUUGAUGCCAGAAUUAUUUGCUGUUGGAACAUAUUCUAGAAGCAUUGGAUUGUAUUCCAAUUCUGAUGAAUUUAUAUGUAUGUUAACUGGACAACAUGGUGGAGUUACUCAAUUGAAGUUCUCAAAUGAUGGUCUGAGAUUGUAUAGUGGUGGAAGAAUGGACAAAGAAAUAAUUUGUUGGGAUAUUCGUAACCCUGGUUCAGUCCUUUCUACUUAUGAAAGAGUUGUUACAACCAAUCAAAGGAUUUAUUUUGAUAUGAGCCCGGAUGAUAAAUAUCUAAUCUCUGGAGGAACUGAUGGAAUCUGUAGAGUUUGGAAUUUACACGAAGGAACAAAUUUCAAUUCAGAAGGAAGAUUGGAAGAAUGCUUUAAAUUCAAGACAAACAACGACUGUGUCAAUGGUGUUAGUUUGCAUAGAAGUUAUCCUGUUUUAGCAACUUCCUCUGGACAGUAUCAUUACCCUCAUCUGAUAGAAGAUGAUGAUGAUGAAAAAAUAUUCAAGCCUAAACAAAAAUAUGAAUUCGAGAAUAACGUGAAACUGUGGUGGAUUGGCCCAUUUACUAGUGAUAAUGAAAAUAUGUCUCUAGAUGCGUAA